GCGCGCGUCCAAGUCCACUUACUUUUCGGGAGCUUGGUGCCUGGCAAACUAAACUCCAGAGGGGGAAAGUGGGGAUUUGAAUGUCGGUGGGAUUCACCGCUCGUCCUCCACCUCUCCGUAGACGCCGACAGAGUCCAUCGCUGCGACGGUCAGGGACCGCGGUCGGUGUCCAGCCAGCGAAGCGGGAGCCAUGCCUGUCCCCGCUGUGUACCUCAGCGAGUCCCCCGCCGCGGCCUUUGCAUCCCCGGCCUCGCUUAUCCCGCCGCCGCCGAUAAACACACAGCAGCCCGGCGUCGUCACGUCGCUGCUGUACAGCGGCUCCAGGUUCAGCGGGCACCAGAAGAGCAAAGGGAACUCGUACGAUGUGGAGGUCGUGUUGCAGCAUGUCACCAUGGAGGAUUCAUACCUGUGUGGCUACCUGAAGAUAAAAGGUCUAACAGAGGAAUACCCAACUCUGACUACAUUUUUCGCCGGAGAGAUCAUCAGCCGGAAGCGGCCUUUUCUCACCCGGAAAUGGGACGCAGAUGAAGAUGUGGAUCGUAAACACUGGGGCAAGUUCCAGGCCUUCUACCAGUACGCCAAGACGUUCAACUCGGACGAUUUCGACUACGAGGAUCUAAAGAAUUCAGACUAUAUUUUCAUGAGGUGGAAGGAGCAGUUUCUAGUUCCCGACCACACAAUCAAAGACAUAAGCGGCGCUUCCUUCGCUGGAUUCUACUACAUCUGCUUCCAGAAAUCCACGGCAACCAUCGAGGGCUACUACUACCACCGGAGCUCUGAAUGGUAUCAGUCUCUAAACCUCACCCAUGUCCCUGAACACAGCGCAGCCAUCUACGAGUUCCGGUGACCCCGGUCAGAACCAAGGAAUCCUCUUUUCUUCCUUUUUCGUUUUUUCUUUUCAUUCUUUUUUGGACGGACAAAGACUUCUGAGACUUCUGAGUUCUGCGGACGCUGCCGAGGAGGAAAAACAAGAAGAAGAAGAACUUCAGCAUUAGACUGAGAGGCAAAGUCGUCGCGUGGCCUCUGUGGUUUUUGAGCGGAACCGUGGACGAGUGAAUGUACAAUGAUUGGACGAGACGGGAAGAAAGAAAGGGAAAAAAAAGAGGUCGGGUUCUGCUCCCUGGCUGGAGUUUGAAGAGUCAGAUUCUGGGUCACACUCACCGUGGACCUGAUUCUUUUGUUUUGUUGUUGUUUUGUUUUAAACGCCUGGUUUUUAAAGAGACGCUUUGCUCAGAGACACUUUAUAACCCGACCCCAGCCAACGAGGACGGAGCCGUGCGACAAGGACUCCUCUGAGGAGUCUGCUUUUGUGAACACCGUCUCGGAUUGGAACUCAAAUCUGCCCAGAAUAAGCUAGAAUAACAGUAUUUUUAUUAAAAACAAGAGAAAAAGCUAAGCUGGUUCUUUGUUCGAUGGACGCAGAGUGGCAGACACAAAACAAACGCUUUACUCCCUUGUGUUCAUAAAGCUUGCUCUGGAGAUUAUCAUUAUUAUUAUUAUUAUUAUUAUUAUUACUACGUAAACAUGUGAUUGCCGUGGAGCUUGACCCGUUUGAUCACAUUUGCACAAAGAUGGACUUUUAAAAGAUGUUAUCGAUGCUUGCAGUCUGGAUUGUUUUUACACUCACUACUGGCCCCAGUGCACAAGGUUUCCCGGGCGGCAGAGCAAGCGUUUUUUUUGUCUGGUUUUGGAGCCAAAACAAUCACAUAAAAGUGUUUAAAAAAAAAAAAAAAAGUAUUUUCACGCUU